UUUCUAUGUAAUGUUCACUGAUGUGGAUUAUUUAAUUAUUAAUUUUAUAUAUAUUAUUUGUUUUUACUGGUUUCAUCCAUAACUUGAAAUGGUUUUAUUUUAGUAUAUGUUCGCCACUCACUGCAUUGCUGAAUAUAGUACUCCCUGCAAGAUCCCAUAGAUUGCUCCAAUAACGCAUACAAUCGACGUUCUUCAGCAAAAGAGUUGAUAGAUUAGUAAGUAAUAAAAUGUCAGAAGAAAUUUCAUACCAGAGCGCGAGUACGCAAGCAGUUAUGAAUUUUAUUAUAUCACAUGUGCCUAAAAAGGAUAUACCGAACGUGCAGAGCGAAGCAAAAAAGGGUUUCCUGCUUUCUAAAGUCAAGAGCAAACGGAUUAAACGUAAACCCAAACGCAAGAAAAAUGGUCUUUCAAGGAAACAAAAGAAGUCGCUAGGCUUUUACAAUCAACCACGGAAUUUUAUUCGAUAUGCAGAUGUAUUACCUAUAAAUAAUACUUGGGAGAAUUACAUGGAACAAAUAUUGGGCAAAGACAUGGAAGUCCCAACACCUAAUAGCAGGGGAUGGGAAAAUGUGACUCAAACACUUUACAAAGCGGACUUUCAUGGAAGUCAUCUGCAUGUUGUUCGUUCUAAAUGUCCAGGAUAUAUUGGUAAAAUGGGCAUUUGUGUCAUGGACACAAGAAACACCUUCAAAAUAGUAUCCGAGAACAACAUAUCAACAACUUUACCGAAAAAAGAUUCUGUUUUUGAAAUUAUAUUUAAAAAUUAUAAAUUCACUAUCUUUGGCCAUCAUUUAUGUACUAAACCAGCUGAUAGAACUUCAAAAAAAGUAAAGGGUCAUUCAUAUCCUGACCUGUGACAUAUUUUCUUCUCUAGGUAUCUAAUAAAUUAGUAAUUAAAU